AUGGAGCCAAAGAGUGAGAAAGUUCUCUCGGCUGCGGAGUAUGCCGAGCAGGUUCGGGAAUGGAUGUCGUUUUACUAUGUUGUCAAUCAUCAAUUGCGGGCACAGGUUACGAGGACUUCUACGUACCCUGAGGAACCUUCCAGGACUACUGAGGCUGAGCGACCGAGUACACCCAAUGUAACUACCGAUGAACAGCCCGCGAGACCUGGUGAUUUCAAAACCGUUUCAUCGUCUGGUUAUGUGUGGGACCAAGGAGUACUCUUCGGCAUUGCACCAUUCUGGAAACGAAUUUGCGCUGAGUUUGUUGAUUUCAUCAUCUUACUGGUCAUCAAAUUUUUCAUCACCUACAUUGCAAUUGACCACUAUGACAUGAUCGUUAUGGACGGUCUCCUGGAUUUUUCCGAUCUGAGUGCUUAUGUGGAUCUUCUGGAGUUGGCUGGGAAUGAGCCUGGGGUGAUGGGUGCCGGUUUGAGAACUAUGAUUGAAGUGAGCACGGAAGUGGUGUUGCUGGAAAUGAUCCACAGACUAGCGGUGUGCUUCUACGAAGGCUUAUGGAUCUGGUCGAGCUGCCAAGCAACUCCAGGGAAGAUGUUGUUUGGGCUCAAAGUCGUGUCCUGUGACUGGGUAGUUCCCGCUGGUGAGGAUGCAGCCGUUGUGUUCCCCGCGAAAGGCUUGAGCUUGUUGCGGUCCCUCAGUCGUGGAGCCGUAAAGAACGUUGCGUUGGCAUUUUUUCUCCCGAUCACCUUUUCGCUGUUCUAUAUGCAAUACAACAGAACUGCGUAUGACCACCUCGUCAAUGCCAUUGUUGUCCAGCACGUGGAAGACCCCGUUGACAUUUUCCCAUUUUUUACGAAUUUUCGUCGAAUGCUUCGUCGGAAUCCCUUUUUCCGCUUGGAAAGUUGUGGUAAAAUGUUGCUGUUGUUUGAGACCCCAGUGGGGUACGCGUUUUUCAAGAUUCUUGAUGAGAAAAAGUUGAAGCAAGCGGAUAAUGUGUGGUCAGAGUUACAUGAAGCUUUCCAGACGCCUGAAGGCGCCAGCUCAGUGAGCCAAGCAGAAAGUCUGACUGGAAUUCCAAGAAAAGAAUAUGCUGCUAUGGCGCUUGGACUUGCGCAUAGUUUAUCUCGGUACAAGCUGAAAUUCAGCCCCGACAAAGUGGACGUGAUGAUCGUUCAAGCAAUCUCCGUCCUAGAAGAUCUUGACAAGGAGUUGAACAAUUAUGUCAUGAGGUGUAAGGAAUGGUAUGGUUGGCAUUUCCCUGAGCUCACGAAGAUUGUUACUGACAACAUUGCCUAUGUUCGACUCAUCAAGAAAAUGGGUGAAAGGUCGAAUGCCGCGGAUAUGGACUUUUCGGACAUCAUCCCGGAAGAUGUGGAGCAACAGGUGAAAGCCACUGCUGAGAUCUCUAUGGGCACGGAGUUGUCCGAAGAAGACCAAUUGAAUAUUGGCAAGCUUUGCGAUACUGUGUUGGAGGUGACCGAAUACCGGGCGGAGUUGUACGACUACCUAAAAAACAGAAUGCUUGCAAUUGCUCCGAACCUCACCGCCUUGCUGGGAGAGCUGGUUGGGGCUAGGUUGAUUUCGAAGGCUGGAUCUCUGCUGAACUUGGCGAAGCAUCCAGCGUCGACGGUGCAGAUCCUGGGAGCGGAAAAGGCGUUGUUCAGGGCUUUGAAAACCCGACACGACACCCCCAAGUACGGGUUGAUUUACCACGCGCAACUCGUGUCUUCCUCGUCGGCGAAGCUCCGUGGCAAGAUCAGUAGGAUGUUGGCGGCUAAAGCGGCGCUCGCGAUUCGAGUGGACGCCCUGGGCGAGGACCCGACGCCGUCGGCCGAUGUCGGCAUCACGCAUCGUGCCACCUUGGAACUCCGCAUCGCGUCGUUGGAGCAGGGAAAGUCUGGAAGGUUCAUUGCGAGUGGAAGGAAGUUUGCCAAGCACGUUCCCAAGUCCGAAGCCAAGGUGUUCCCAGCUGCUGCUGAUUCCACACUGCCCACUGAGUCCCGGAAAAAGAAAAAGAUCAAGAAAGAGGAAAAUAUCAAGGAAGAGGAAGAAGCGAUGGAAGAAGAUCAGGAUCAGGCUGUGGAACAGAACGGGAAGAAGAAGAAGAAAUCCAAGGCGCCCGAAGACGAUGAAGAGGUUCAAGAAUCUUCCCCGAAGAAGAAAAAGAAGAAGUCUCAAGCUAUGGAGGUGGAAGAACAAGAACCAGAACAACCAGUGAAGAAGAAGAAAAAGAAGUCCGUUGUUAAGGAGGAAGUCGAGUGAUUCACUUCAAGAUUGUUUUCUACGUGCUUCUUGCUUCUUGACUGGGGAUUUGAAUUAAAGAAGCUGAAUUGAAGGGAAAA